AUGGCCGCGCGUCCAGGGGCUGCAGCUGCGGCUCCAGGGUCUAUUGUGCCCGCUCAGUUGGGCUUUCUGGCCAUCUUCAACCCCUCGCUUGGCAACACAGACGAGACCAUCGACGACCAGAUCGUCUACUACGCCUCUGUCACCACCCAGACCUCCUCUCACAAGCGUCGACGCACACGCGGUCAACCUACCAAGGAUAUUUCCCCCGAGGAGCGCAAUGAGCGUCUCCGACAGAUAGGCCUCGCCCAGGGCAUGGCCAGCUUCAGUCGCGGCUUUGCCAAUGGUGCACCUGUAGAUGCUAUCGAUACUGAGAAAUCGAGAGUGAUACUCCACGAGCUGGAGCCCGGGUGGUGGAUUCUGGCCAGCAUCGACCUGACCAAGCUGCCUCUUCCCCCACGACUCGCCAUCAGGAAUAGCGAACCUGCCGAAGAACGAUAUGAAUACUCCAGCCGCGAGAUGAAGCCUGCAAAUUUGCUUCUACGGGAUCUAUUGCGAGCCCAUAGCACUUUUCUCCUGCAUCAUGACUCGUCCCUGAGCGCCCUGUUCGUACGGACCAAGCGAAUCAAGUUUGUGACUGUGCUCAGCCGCUACUGGGACCUGUUUCUCUCGACGUGGAAUGUGGCUAUGCAUGGAAAUCCAGCCCGCGGUAUCUUUGGUGGCAUCAAUGUCGCCGCCUCGGGCGAACUGGGGGUUGGAGUUGGUGAGGAAGACCGUGGAAGCGGCGAACGAGAAGUCUUGGAGGGCCUGGUCGGGAGAAUCGAAGGUCUCGUCGAUCUAGUUGUUUCCAAGUUUGGGGACUACAAUCCCGAUUCGCCUCCCCCAGAUGCGCCGAAUGGUGACCCUGAACAAUGGCUUGGAACCGGCCAAGAGCCUAGUUCUGAGGACGGUGCAAUCUUCCUGGGUACUGGUGCCUUGUCCAGAAAGUCUCUGAGAGAUGUGACACAAUGGAUGGAGGACCUGUAUACCUGGGGAGACCACGCCUAUGGAGUCAUUGAGAGCCCAACAUCGGUUCGGCGGGCAAAGAAGAGAAGGGCCAGCCGCGCUAUUGCACAGCAGGCCGCUUCUGCACAGCCAGCAUCAGCUGAGGCCGGUGAACCCUCAAAGGCGGCGAUAGAGACAGAGCCCGCGGCCGCUGACGACGCAAGCAAUGACCAACCACCAGCACGGGAGACCGAAGAUGGCAAACUAGAUAAAAUGGUUAGUUAUCUGAAGUUGGGCUACGGCACAUACUGGUCUCUGCCUGGUGGCGGUGGUGGUACUGGUACUAAUACUCCUGGGGAAUCUUCUACCAAGGAGCCCCCGGAGGCAGGCACACCACAACAGGAGUCAAAGCCUGCCCAGGAGGACGCUUCUAAACCCUCUCGACCAAAUCUCGCUGGCCGUACACCCUCAUAUGAAGCGGCUGGUCAUUAUCUCAUCGGUCUCAAAGGGGAGAUUGACGAUGAAUACAGCGAUCCCGAUAGUCACAGCUCAGAUGAAGCGGGCGCCGCCGAGCACAACUCGCGCACCGUUCUCCGGACUGUGAACGUCGAGCUGGAGAGUGAGGCUCUGGGUCGACCAGAGGCCACUAUUGUACGCGACUUUGAGCACCCAGCCAGCGUUCUCACGCAGUCCCAGGUUGUGGGCAACAUGGUGCCUGGUUACGACUCGCACGAUCUCAACAAGGCCAAGAAGCUACGGGUCGUGGUCUACGUCAACCGACCCUUCAUGUUCGCCUUUCUGUUUAACCUUCGAACAGACUCCCUGGCCAUGGACGCCCUCUACCGCUCCCUGCACCACCAGCUUGCCCCCCUCCGCAAACCCCUCCUCGCCUCGACGAGAUACCGCCCGGAGCGGCCUGGAGCCGAUGUCGGGUCUGGCAGUGGCAGUGGUGGGAACGCAGGGAACAACAUAUACGACCUCAUAUGGGAUCCUCACUCCCUGACGGUGCACUCCUCCAUACCCAAUAUCCCAGAUACGUACAUCGAUCCCAAGCCCUGGUCCCGCCCAGACGCCCUCAACACGCACCUCCACCUCCUCAACCUGUACGCUGCGACCCGGGCCCGCGCCACCGCCCUCGAGCGGACUGAGAAGUCGAGCCGCGGGUGGUGGAUCGUCUGGACACGCCUGCUGGACCGCCAGGAAGAUCCCUCGGCGAGCACCAACCUCUCGACAAUUCACGAAACCGGCGCCGACGUGGGCGAAACGGACCCUGACCAGGCUGCCGAUCAAGACAACAAUAGCAGCGAUGGCUCGGAUUCGCAAGAGCCGCGCACUCCGGAGGUAGCCAAGGAGAUCUUUCUAAUCCGCCGGGCAAGCGACCAUGUCGGGUUCCGCACUGACGCCUCUACCGGCGGCGGCGAUGGCGCUGGGAGGCUGGCUCAGGGCAUCGGCGUUGACACACGUCGGUACGUGGAGGAGCUGUUGAGCUUGCUGUAA